UGGUCGGGUCCACAUGCUGACUCAGCAGUGGCGACGCGAGUGACUCCCUGCGAGUUUUUAUGCAGGACACAAAUCCUCCUCCAAUAAAAAAAAAGAAAAGAAACAGAAAGCAAAAAAAGAAAAGAAAAGAAAAGCCGCACGCUGUCAGUGACAGUUCCGUUACAGGCUCCGCCCACUUUGAGCUGCUGCGACCCGUCCUGAUCUCUUCUCGUUACCACGCCGCUGACCGUUCCAUGAGAAGAACCGACGUAGAACCAGGAUGUCGUCUUUGGCCAUGUUGGGCCGAACUGGAUUCCGACAAUCAGUGAGCGUUUCAGGCUCUGGCAGGAUCUUCUUCACCGGUUUGAGGACCAGCAGUCCCUCCGCCUCCAACCAUCCGAGAUGCGUGGGUACCACAGCGCCUCGCCAGACUCCGGCAUCGCCCGCAGCCCGCCACAAAUCAUACAGUUACAUCGUUGUGGGGGCGGGGUCAGCGGGAUGCGUCCUGGCCAACCGCCUCACAGAGGACGCUCAGGAGUCCGUCCUGCUGCUGGAGGCGGGGCCUAAGGACAUGUUGCUAGGCAGCAUACGGCUUUCAUGGAAGAUCCACAUGCCGGCCGCGCUGACCUACAACCUUUGCCACGAUAAGUACAACUGGUUCUACCACACCUUGCCUCAGGUCCACGUGGACAACCGCGUCAUGUACUGGCCGAGGGGGCGCGUCUGGGGCGGCUCGUCGUCGCUCAAUGCCAUGGUGUACAUCCGCGGCCACGCCGAGGACUACAACCGCUGGCAGAGGGAGGGGGCGCGGGGCUGGGACUACGACCACUGCCUGCCGUACUUCCGGAAGGCUCAGUGCCACGAGAUGGGGACGGACAGGUACCGCGGAGGCAGCGGUCCGCUCCACGUGACCCGAGGGAAGACCGACCACCCACUUCACAGGGCUUUUAUUCUGGCGGGACAGCAGGCGGGGUACCCCUUCACUGAGGACAUGAAUGGAUACCAGCAAGAAGGUCUGGGAUGGAUGGACAUGACCAUCCAUAAAGGUAAGCGAUGGAGCACAGCCAGCGCCUACCUGAGGCCGGUCCUGGGGCGACCCAACCUGAAGGCAGAGGUGCGCUGCCUGACCACCAAGAUCCUGUUUGACGGCCGGCGAGCGGUGGGCGUGGAAUACGUGCAGAAAGGAGAGACAAAACGGGUGUUUGCCGAUAAAGAGGUGAUCCUUAGCGGCGGCGCCAUCAACUCGCCGCAGCUCCUCAUGCUGUCCGGCGUGGGGAACGCGGACGAUCUGGAGCCACUCGGCAUCCCCGUGGUCCAACACUUGCCAGGUGUGGGCAGUAACCUGCAGGACCACCUGGAGCUUUACGUCCAGCAGGGGUGCACGCAGCCCAUCACGCUCUACAAGGCCCAGAAACCUUGGCACAUGCUCAAAAUAGGCCUGGAGUGGCUCUCCGUCUUCACAGGUUACGGAGCCACGGCCCACCUGGAGAGCGGGGGCUUCAUCCGCAGUCGGCCGGGCGUCCCGCAUCCCGACAUCCAGUUUCACUUCCUGCCCUCGCAGGUGGUCGACCACGGCCGCGUGGCCUCCAAGAUAGAAGCCUACCAGGUCCACGUGGGGCCCAUGAGGAGCACCAGUGUGGGCUGGAUGAAGCUGAAGACCACCAACCCCCUGGACCACCCCGUCCUGCAGCCCAAUUAUCUGUCCACGGACGUCGACGUCCAGGAGUUCCGACAAUGCGUCAAACUCUCCCGGGAAAUUUUCGCCCAGAAGGCCUUCGACCCGUUCCGCGGCGCCGAGGUCCAGCCCGGUGAGACGGUCCGGUCGGACGCCGAAAUCGACGCCUUCGUGCGGCGCAAGGCGGACAGCGCGUACCACCCGUCCUGCACGUGCAAGAUGGGCGCGCCCUCCGACCCCACGGCGGUGGUGGACCCCCAGGCGCGCGUGCUGGGCGUGGAGGGUCUGCGCGUGGUCGACGCCUCCAUCAUGCCCAGCAUCGUCAGCGGGAACCUCAACGCUCCCACCGUCAUGAUCGCAGAGAAGUUGGCGGACGUCAUCAGAGGUCGGCCGCCGCUCGUCGACCAGCAGGUUCCUGUUUAUGGAGCGCCCACGCUGGACACGCAGCGAUAGACUCACCUUUCCUUCUUCUGCCCACUUUGAGGACCUUUUUAGUCGUCCUGAAAAACAGCCCGAACACACUUUAGCAACAUUAGCAUAGCUACGUGCGCUAAAGUGCUAACUUUACACUUUUUAACAGCAACAUCGUGCUAGUUUAGCUUCUUAGCUUAAUUUACAACUCUGGUGUGUGUAGCUAGAGAGCUGGCUGAGCCUCAGGCUUAUUUUAAGACGUGUAGCAAAGCCUUUUUGAAAAAAAAAAAUCAUACCCAUUAAGUAAUUAUAUAAUUUAUGUCAGCCAUUUUUGUUGUGCAGCUUUAAUGCUACGUCCAUUGUAAUAGACGCCAAAUAUGUCCGACAACAACAUAGGACACGUGUUUUAGCAACAUUAGCAUAGCUACGUGCGCUAAAGUGCUAACAUUACACUCGCUUUUUACCAGCAACAUCAUGCUAGGUUAGCUUAUUUGCUUAACUUGCAGCUCUGGCGUCUGUAGCUGGCUUAAAGAGAGCUUAUUUUAAGACGUGUAGCGAAGCCUUUAAACAAGAAGUAAUUACAUAACUUACGUCAGACAACAACAACAACAAAAACAGUCGCGGGACAUAAACAUUAGCGACGUUAGCAUAGCUUACACUGACAUUAGUUAGCUUUUUGACAGUGCUCCGGGCUUGAUUUUAAGAAGUGUAGCAAAGCCUUUUAAACAAAAUACUUACACUUCACCAGCAGCAUCAUUGUGUUAGCAUACCGGUAUUUGCUAGAGCAAAACUAAACGUACCGCUCCUAACUCAUAACGUAUGUAGGCUACAUUUUAAGAUGUGUAGUGAAGCCUAGUUUUAUUUUUUUAAUUACGUCAGCAUUUAAUAUGUGCAUCAAAAGUAAUUGGACCACAUUGAUAUGCAUGAAUAUUAAUUUUGUAUUAAGUCAAUUAGUAAAAAACAAUGAAAUAAUUUUUGCAGUAAUCCUAAUAAAAUCAAUAAUUGGGUAAAUGAUUAAAUAAUUGAUGAAAUCAUGGAAUAAGUUAAUCAAUUUAUUAAUAAAAUUACAUAAUCAUUGAAAUUAUGAAGCAAUAAAAUUAAUAAUUGAAUGAAAAUACAAUUAAUUAAAUCGUGAAAUAAAUUAGGAAAACAUGAGGCAAUGAAAUCCAUCAUUGAAUAAACGAUUAAAAACAUGGAUUAAAACAUGAAAGAUUUUUAUAUUUUCGUAAGUAAUUAUUAAAAUCAUGAUAUAAUUUAUUAAUUUGAGAAAUAAUUAAUUCAAUUGUGAAAUAUUGAAUUACAUCAUGAAAUAAUCCAUGAAAUCCAGGAUUUAUUUUAAGAUGUGUAGCAAAGCCUUAAAAAAAAUCACACUUUAACAGCCGCAUCAUCGGGUUAGCAUAGUUGCUAAAGAACACAUGACAUAUACAGGCUUUAUUUUAAGAUGUGUAGUGAAGCCUAGCCACGAAUAUUAAGACUGGUGUCCAAAUACUACAAAAAUUGUUUUUAAAAUAUACUAAAAAUCAUAAUAAAAUGGCAAACAGGUGUAAUAAAAUGAGAAAUAGGUUCAAAUAAAUAAUUGUUCCAUCCAUCCAUUUCCUACCGCUUGUCCCUUUUGCGGUCGCGUGGGGUGCUGGAGCCUAUCUCAAAUAGACUUGAUUUGACACCUUCAGGCAUCUUGUUUGCAAGUGAAAAAGAGUGUUUUUGUUUGUGUUAAAUCUGAUUGACAGUAAACUGAUGACUCAGCGUGUUUAAUCUGAGGAGAUCACGUAUCGGCCAGGUGUUCCUUCCUGUGCCUGAACAGAACACGGGGUCCUGCGGUCGCUCUGUUAGCUCCGCCCACCUGCUGAUGUUGUCAACCUUCUGCCUUCUUCCUUUAUUAUUUCAAGCGAAAUUCAUUCUGAGUAGUUUAUUUUUUUGUGUUUGUUGUUGUGAAAUUCCCAAGCAUAGGACUUUAUGUCAACUCAUUUAAUUGGUUCCGGGGUCAAGCUGGGGCGCGAGUACAUUCUUACAAGGAGCUUCUGUGUAAUAAAAGGGAAAGCAAAAUCAAACUGUUGGCUAUGUGAAGACGAACACAACAGGAAGUGGUUUGUGGAGCGACACUGACAUCUAGUGGUGGUUCGUAAGCGCUGCUGCAAAUAAUUGGUUGCUUUGCCAUAUAAGUCUUCGCUGUUUAUUUUCAUGCGAGGCAUUAGCCGAUGAGAUUUGUGCUAUCAUCUACUUGUUUAUUUGGUUU